AGUUUCGAGACGACGAUCGGCUUGUUCGCGCUGUCCGCAAAUACCUGUGCGUUGCUGGCACAGGACAGGAGCUUUUCAGUGUCGGAACCUCGUUUUGGGAACCGGAGUUCAAUUGAAACCCCAUCUGUAGGAGAACCAAAAAUCUGGUACAGUUGCGUGAACAGAAGGACACAACGCCAUCCAAACAAUGCAUCGCUAUCGGUUGUCGACCAGCAUGUCCGUGUACAUGUUCUGCAUCGUGAUCGUCCUGCUGGUGUCGAUCGCCAUCGACGACGUGGAGGCUAGGCGUGGCCGUGCCAGAGGUCGUACGAAAUCGAGGAUGCAAAUUGGGCUUCCGAUAACGGGCAAAUACCGUGAUCCAGAAUCGGACCAGUACUACAACAAUAACAACGGUGCGAAAAUUACACUUGCCUCACACUUUGAUUACGAAUACGUGUUGGGACACAAGAUUGCUUUCCUGUGCGUGGCACGUGGUACGCCCCGACCGACCAUCACCUGGUUCAAGGACGGUGUUGAGAUCUUCAGCCAUCUGUAUCUUCACGUCCACGAAUGGUACAUCGGCAAGGAUAAGGUAAAGUCGAAGAUUGAGAUCGAUCCUGCCACCCAGAUGGAUGCCGGCGUGUACGAGUGCACGGCCGACAACAUGUACUCGAUCGAUCGAAGGAGCUUUAAGACCGAUUUCUCGAUCGCAUUCGAUUAGCUGCACGCUCCUCCACACACUGUCCGCUACAGGGAUAGUUUCGGGCUCGCAUUAUUAGGCCGAUAUGAUAUAGAUUAAAUCAUUCGUGAGCGAAUGUAGAGUUAAUAAUAAAGGGAAAAACGCUAUUCGUAUAUACAUUAGUUAUAACGGGAGCAAGUUA